UUAUCUAACGUAAUUUUACGGCUAUUAAAUUCAUUAGCAAAUUUAAAAAGUGUCACAUCUUUUAGAAAUAUUUAAUACAGAUAAUUUGCUUGUGAUGUUAUCUUUUAGUUGAAAAUUUAAAUAAAAAUGCUAAACACAAUCCGUGGGGCCCGUAUAGCUGCUGUUCAACUUCAACAAAUAAGGUUGGGGCACAGAGUACGAGGUAAUCCGCCUAUAUAUGCGAGGUCCUUGAAACAACGUAUCCAAGAACUUAAUUACAAAGAUGAACUGUACACAAGUCGAAUCGACAUUGGCUUCCCACCAAUAAAGCAAAGUAAAGAAGUUCGUGAUCAUCGAUUGCAACAUCUGAGAAAAAUAAAAAGUGAUAAAAACUUGGAAAAAUCAUCUCGAAAUUUAAAACUUGAAAUAAACCUGGAAGAUGUCAGAAAAGAAUGGCUGAAAACUACAGGUCCAUUUCAUAAAAAACAAAUUGCAGACCAUUAUGGUGUAUUUGAACAUCUUUAUGGUGAAGGAUAUUUUUUACCGCAUUUAAACAUAGAUGCUCUGUACAAUUUGAAGGAUGGCACAUUUUUGCCUGUUUGUGCAGGAAAUGUAAUUAAGCCUACAGAGGCUUUAGAGGCACCAAUUAUUACUUAUGAAUCUGAUGACAAUGCAUUAUGGACUUUAGCAUUUACUAGCUUAGAUGGUCAUUUAUAUGAGAAUGAAAAGGAAUAUCUACAUUGGCUUGUGGCUAAUAUACCUGGUAAUGCUAUCGAGAAGGGUGAAACUCUUGUUGAAUAUUUACAGCCAUUUCCUUUGAAAGGCACUGGUUACCACAGAUAUGUGUUUGUUCUUUAUAAACAGGAUAAGACAAUUGAUUAUGCUUUACCAAAAGUUACUUCGUCAUCAGCUCUUCAAGAUCGCACAUUUGUUACUAGAGAAUGGUAUAAAAAACAUCAAGAUAAUAUCACACCAAUUGGAUUAGCGUUUUACCAGAGUGUUUGGGAUUAUUCCGUUAGAAGUUUUUUCCACAAUGUCUUAAAUGCAAAAGAACCAGAAUAUGAAUAUGAUUUCCCAGCGCCAUAUAUCAGACCCCAGGAAUGGUUUCCACGCCGAAAACCCUUCAAUCUUUAUAUGGACAAAUAUCGCGAUCCAAAGAAGAUAAACGAAGAAUAUUUGCUACGUAAACUAAAAAAUGAAGACCCAUUUAAGAGGCCUCCUCCUCCUUUAAAAUUCCCCAAUGCUCAACAACUGCCUAAGAGUAUGCCUUCAUGGCUAAAACUUCAUGAGAAGAAAAUCCGACUAGGCUGGGGGAGAGUAAAUGAUGUUUAAGUAUUUUUGUAUAAUCAGAAAAAUAAAAAUUCUAGGAUUUUGUUUAA